UGGCGCAGCACGUGCACGGGCAGAUGUGGGAACGGGCGCCGUGGACGUGCUGCCCGCUGGGGUGCUGGCUCACGGCCCGCUCGGGGCACACGACCCCUAGGCCCAGAGCCCGGGCCGCCGCACCGGCUACACGUUCUGAGCGCCCCGCCCUCCCCUCGGGGCAUCCUCGCCUCUCCCCGCCUCUUGAGUGUUGGCUUGCCGCUUCGCGGCCCCCAGCUUGCGAGGCGAGCCACGGGUGCUUGCUUCCUGAUGGUGCCCUGCAUCUAGCUCGACCGAAUGCUCGCCGCGCGUUCUGGCAGAGGCUCUGCAAUGCGAGAGUCUGGUGCGGCAAGCGGUGAGCGAGCUAAGAGCACAGGGUCUGCAACGAUUUGGCGAUAUUGGCUCGCGCUUUUCGCCGCCAGGCGUUGUGGCGGAGGCCCUGCGGACACUACUCAGGGCGGACAUGAAGGCCGGGAUCUAUUAGGCAUUCGCCGGCGUUGACGUCGGGGACGCUGCGGGCGCCGAGGCGAUGUGCCUUCUUCGCUGGGUCCAGGAGCUGACCGCCAAUGAGUUUGCCGACGAGUUGGUGGUCCUGUGCGCCUUGAAGUUGGCCGUUCGCAUCGCGAUCAUUCCGUUCGCUCCGCCGCGUGCGCGUGGGGAGUGGGCUGUCGUGGAGCAUGGCCCCGAAGGCGCAGACGGUGCAACUCACUCGGGCAGCAAUGGUGUGCACUCUGUGCAUCUGUCACGGAGCGUUCGAGGACCGUGCCAGGAUCUGCCAGGUGUCGGCGAGGGUCCGCGCGUGCAGUGCCGCGCCGCGCUCGCCGGUCGUGCCCGAAAGGGCGAGCGCGGGUCUUCUGAGCAGACCCGCCGCGAGGUCGCCGUGACGCACGCCUGGGGCCCGCUCUGGUCUUGAGACGGGGGUCAGUGCAAACUGGGGUCAGCCAGAGCGCCGAUCUUGCAGGAUCCUGCGGGGCCAGAGUCGCAUUGACCUGGAUCUGGGUGGAGGAUCCUGCAGGAUCUUGCAGUGUCUGGAAUGACCCGGGUCAGAAGAUCUCCGAUCUGAGCUGGCGCGCCGCUGUGUGACCAAAUGCCUCCGAUCAUCUAGCACGCGUGCCUCCGAUGCCUACAACUUCCGAUGCCUC